AUGAGGAAUCCAAUGUCUCCCGGGGACACACCAUCACAAAGGCACUCGACACUGACAAUAUCUCCUUUCAUUUCGAAUAGAAGCGCGAGAAAUCACUCAACGUCACAACACCAGAUACCCGCAGCAUCGCAUGGUGACCGACUCAAUGGCGAACGCACAGAUCCACCAGCAGCGGGAAAUAGAUCACUCUCCGGGGCACUUAACCCUUUUCAUACAUUGAUAAACAGUCCAUUGGGUCAGAAAGUCACCAAAACCCUGUCCGUCUCCUCAUUCAACACUCCACACCAAGUCAAGGUGCAUAACGGAGGGGGAAACAACACAUCUAGAAAUAACAUGUUUGGCUACACUGUACCGUCAACAUUACGAAAGGUUUCAUUACAGCGGGAAUACAAAGACCCUUCUAAUUUUAUCCCAAAGGGGAGUUCCGCACCACAACAACAAGACUUACCUGGAGACCCAUCCACAACAACACUAACUACAAACACGGUAGCUACAACAGCGGCUAAUGAGAUUGACAUUUCUGAGUUAUCAUCUGUAGACAAACUAAGGUAUUGGAGACAUGACGCACUGAUGCAGCAUAUGCUGACAACUGCAGAGUACGUGGGAGAUAAGGUGUACAGUAUUACAGGGGAUCCGAACGAUGCAUUUUGGCUGGCACAAGUGUACUAUAACAAAGGCGAAUACAUUCGUGCUAUAAAUUACAUGGCAAUUGACAGUUUGGACUCAGUAAAUGUCAUGUGCCGGUAUUUGAUGGGAUUAUGUCUAAUUGAGCUACAGAGGUAUGACGAUGCUUUAGAUGUAGUGGGGGAAACUAACCCAUAUGCUAGUGAAGAAAUUCCAUCUGCUCAUAUAUCCGAGGAUACUGAAACCUCUAGGAGUCAAGAGACUACUGACGGUGGUGUAAAACUAGAAUCAUCACUAUGCUUUCUAAGAGGGAAGAUAUUUUGUGCACUCAAUAACUUCUCCAGCGCAAAGGAUGCAUUCAAAGAGGCAAUAGCGAUAGAUGUGAAAAACUUUGAGGCUUUUAACGAAUUGACCAGUAAAAGUCUCCUAACACCUCAACAAGAAUGGGAUCUCAUCGAGACUCUGGAUUUCAGUAUCUUAGACGACAACGAGGACAUAAUAAAAAACUUCUAUGUUUUGAGACUGUCUAAACUGAUCAAUAAAGAAAGGACAGAGGCGGCCCAGCGGUUGUUGGCAGAGGAGUACAACUUGGACUCUAACGUGGAUUAUAUCCACAGUAAUAUUGAAAUUUUGUUUUCUCAAUGCAAGUUUGGAGAGUGCCUCCACGUGUGUGAAGCAUAUUUGUCAAAGGACGAGUUCAACCCGAAGAUUUUACCAAUCUACAUUUCUUGUCUCUAUGAAGUCUCUGCCAAAAACAAAUUAUUUUUACUUUCCCAUCAAUUAACAGAGAAGUUCCCCAAGAAAGCAAUAAGUUGGUUUAGUGUAGCAACUUACUACAUGUGUAUGAGCAAGUUGCAAGAGGCCAGAACGUUUUUUGCAAAGUCCUCGAUGCUGGACCCAACAUUUGCACCGGCAUGGCUGGGGUUUGCUCAUACUUAUGCAUUGGAGGGAGAACAGGAUCAAGCGUUGUCCGCAUACUCUACCGCAGCAAGGUUCUUUCCAGGAAGUCAUUUGCCAAAUUUAUUUUUAGGAAUGCAGUACAUGUCUUCCAAUACGCUGAGUUUGGCGGAGGAGUAUUUCACUUUGGCUUAUGAUAUUUGCGAUCGUGACCCGCUAGUAUUGAAUGAAAUGGGGGUGAUGUAUUACAAGAAAGAAGAUUAUGAAAAGUCAAAGAAGUUUCUGAAGAGAGCCGCUGAAGAAACACGGGAAUUAGACUCAAAUUCCAAGACGGCAAUCUCAAUCCAGACAAAUCUAGGUCAUACAUAUAAGAAACUGGGUGAUUAUGAACAUGCCAUCAAAUGUUUCAAGUACAUUUUAGAGGAUUCUGAGAGAGACGUGGAUACAUAUUGUACUUUGGGUUUCCUAUAUCUGAAGACUAAUCAGCUACAAAAAGCAGUUGAUAUUUUGCAUAGAGCAUUAGCUAUUGAACCGUCCAAUCAAAAUGCAAAUGAGAUGUUGGUUCGUGCAUUGGAAUUAAACGUAGCGAAAGAAUUGGACAGCGACCAUCCUUUAGUAAUGAACAGUUAUGAAAUGAAUCCCUUGAAGAAUAGGGACAACACUGCGCUUAGUAGGAAGCGCACACUCAUGCCAUUUCUUCAGUCAUCCGGGCUUUCAAAACGGUCGAAGAGGAAUGAGCAUGGCCCAAUCGAAAGCCCUUUGGAAGGCCCCUCGAAAGUCCCAAGCACCGAAACCAAUAACGAAAUGAUGGAUUUAGAGUGA